AGAGAGUAGUUUUGUCCUUUAGGUGAUCCGUACUUCUGCGCACGCGCAAACCAUUGCUGGAAGGGCGAUCGCGAGUAGCGUGACUUUAAUGGUCGUCACCUGCGAAAAUACGGAUUUAUGUUGACGAAGUGUUAAUAUAAUUUGUAAGUACUCUCGUAUGGCUCUCAGAAGGUGUUGGGGGGUUGCAGGAGUUGUCCCGCGGCUGUUGUGGAACAGUUCCGUCCUACCUGGGGCUUCUGUCCCGGGAGGUCGAAGCUCUGUGUCUCAACCCCACUGCAAAAAGUUCCUGCUCCGCGGGUUCAGUUCGGCGCCACCGAGCACAGAUGUGGGCUAUGAGCAGCUGAAGCAGCUCCUGGCCAGCCGGAAAGCUAUAAUUAUAGAUGUGAGAGAGCCCUGGGAGCUCAGGGAGUACGGCUUCAUCCCUGGGUCAAUUAACGUUCCCCUGGGACAGGUGAACACUGCCCUCCAGCUGCGUCCAGAAGAGUUCCAAGAAAAGUAUGGUGGUGAAAUGCCCCAGCAGACAGACAACGUUGUGUUCACCUGUCUGGCAGGGAUCAGGAGCAAGAACGCACUCACCGCAGCCGCCUCGCUGGGAUACAAAGAUGUUCACCAUUAUCCGGGUGGAUGGCAAGACUGGGUGAAAAACGAACAACAUAACUGAUCCAGGGAUAACGGAUCA